AUGAGAAUCAGAAAAAUUAACAAAUCUGAUCCGGUUGGACUCAGUGCCAAUAAUGUUCGAUGGCCUUAUUCAGACCAUACUGAAAGCCUCGGAGAUGGGGGAAUAAAAAAUUUACAAUGGACAGAACGGAAUAAUAUAAAAACUGUACAGCGCAUGUCGGACGCAACAUGUGCGGAUAGUGCACCGGAACUGCCGCUGGUAAGAAGAUUGGAAAUAUUGCGUGCUGUUGACAGUUUGGAAUCCGAUGCAGGAGAAUAUGAGUGA